GUGCAGCCAGUGGAAAUUAAAGGCUAUGAUGCUAAAACCGGGGAUGCUAUAGACAUGAAGGAUAAUAACGUGAAGGCUAAAUAUAAGAAGGCUAAAAUCGUAAGGCGCUAUAAGUUUCUCGUGCCUGUAAACACGGAACUGGUUUGCGCUUGUCCCGGAAGUUCGUACGAGCAAAUCCAGAAAGUGGAGGAAGGAAUUACCAAAUAUAUAAAACCAAGCAACCCGUUUAAGGCAAAAUGCAAUAAUGACCAAAUUAUGGAAGCUCACGGUCAGAAAAAUGUUGAUCUUGGGGCGUACGAAUGCAUGAGUGAUAUCGAUAUGGACAUCCGAGAUAUAAAAGAUCCUCGAGAAGAAUGGAUGUGUCCGGAACCCUACGCUUGGCAAGGCAUAGGAUUCGAUGUGAAAUUAGAAGGCACCGUUCAAAGAUACAAUUUACUGGAAAUCUGCUACGACAAGAUAAAGAAGCACACCAUCUACGUGGAGCACGAGUGGAUCAACGGCGCAUCGUCCGGAUUACCACCGUCUUUCACUUGGCGGGGCGAAAAAAACGGAGAAUACGACCAAGACUGGCACAAGGGACACCUGGCGCCCGCCGGCGACUUUAACAUCUACGAAUUAAAAAAAUUUACUUACUUUUACGCAAACGCGGCGCCGCAGUAUAAAACAUUAAACUCGGGUAAAUGGUCGCACCAAGUGGAGAUAAACGUCCGCAAAGAAUUCAGUGAAGCAACAAUAUUUACGGGCACAAGCUACUUCAAAUUCAAAACAGGAGCCAAGAAAACGAGGAAUAAACUGACUGUCCGGAAAAUGGCUAAAUCAAAUUUAGCAACUACUGAUGUAAUUGAGGGGAAACCGGAUGUCUUUUGGAAAAUCGCCAUUGGAGAAGAUAAGGAGCAGAAAGCAAAGGUGAAGGGCUACCUCUACUCGAACAAAAUCGACUUUUACUUGGAUAGGUUACAUCGAAUUUGGCGCAAGUCUAAAAAAAGCGUCUCAAAAGGAUAUCGUUUGGAAGGCAGAGAUGUUAAACUGAUUGCCGACCUGCUGAAAAUAGCGGACGGUAAUAAUAAUUAUUCUCGACAUGUUGAUCAUCCUUCGCAGAGAAUAUGGAAAUACAUUGAAAGUGUUUUAAAUGAUUAAAACCGGAUUUUCUGCUUGCAUAGAAUACAUUUGAAAUGUAGUUGGCCAAAAUUGAAUAAUCGAAUUACUAAUUUUUAAAUAAUAUAUGUAUGAGAAUUCCAAUUCAUAAUAAUCAAAAAAUUAUGCCGUCGUCAAGUAACAUCGAGUGAAAAAUAAAUUCCCAUUUUAUUGGAAAAAAUUUGUAAAUGCACCAUGACGAAAAAUUCAGCCGUCGAACCCUGAUAAUUAUUCCGUGUUAUUCCUAGUGGGAACCAAAAUAAGCUUAUCACCAAUUUAUCAUGCUAAUGUGUGUGUUUUAAUAAAAAAAGGCGUGUCAUUUGUUUGUUUUAAGUAAUGCUUUGUUUUGUUGAGUGUUUCACAUAAAUUUUUCUCCUUAAAAUGUGCUUUCCAAAAUAUUCAUAAUUUGAAGUCUCCAGUACAUGUA